CCCUCCUGACCAGCAGGUGGCGAAAUCCCAACCACACGCUGAAAGAACCGGAAGUGACAUGACAUCAAACUUCUCCGUCUCCCACGUGUGAGAGCAUUUCAGUCACAUUGGUAGGUCUGCGGCUCCAUCAUGAAACGACCAAAGUUAAAGAAGGCAAGCAAGCGGCUCUCAUGUGCCAAACGUUAUAAAAUACAAAAGAAGGUCCGGGAGCACAACAGAAAGCUAAGGAAAGAGGCAAAGAAGAAAGGAGUGAGCAAACGAGUGAAGAAGGAUAUCGGAGUGCCCAACAGUGCUCCUUUCAAAGAGGAGAUCCUCAGAGAAGCAGAACAGAGGAGGCUACAGGUCGAGGAAGAAAAAGAAAAGAGGAGGCAAGCUAAAAAGGAGCAGCGAGCUGAGAAGAGGAAGAAAGAGAAGGAGGCUGCGAGUAAAGCAGCAGAACCCACGGCGAAGAAGGCUCGCAAGGAUGACAAUGGAACUCAGUCAGAGAAAAAGCCUGCCCCAGACAGGAGCUCAAAACACUUCCUUUGUGCUGAAUUAAACAAGGUAAUCGAUGCAUCCGAUGUAGUAAUAGAAGUCCUCGACGCUCGUGAUCCACUGGGGUGCAGGUGUCCACAGCUCGAGGAGGCUGUGCUGCAGAGAGGAGGCACCAAGAAAUUACUUUUGGUUUUAAACAAAAUAGACCUGGUGCCAAAAGAGACCGUGGAAAGGUGGAUCCAGUGUUUGCAGCAGGAGUUUCCUGCUGUGGCAUUUAAAGCAUCGACACAGCUGCGGGAUGGAGUUGUGAAAGCCAAAAAGCGCAGGAUAGUGGCCUCUAAUGAAGUGCUGGACAGAUCCAGAGGAGCAGUCUGCUUUGGAAACUGUUGUCUUGCAGAGUUGCUCAUAAGCUACGCUGAUAAAACGCAGAGUGAAGGUUCACUCCGAGUCGGUGUAGUUGGUUUUCCUAAUGUUGGGAAGAGCAGCAUCAUCAACAGUAUAAAGGGGUCCCUAGCAUGCAAUGUUGGCAUCAAGAGAGGCACCACCAAAAUGAUGCAAGAGGUGCACAUCGCAAAGAAUGUGAAGCUAAUAGACAGCCCAGGAGUUGUGGCAUCGCCAUCCAACCCUCCGGCCUCGAUGGCUCUGAGGAGCCUGCAGGUGGAGGAAGGCGGUGAGAGUGUGCUGGAGGCUGUCAGGAAUCUGCUUAAGCAGUGUGAUAAGACCCAGAUCAUGCUUCAGUAUAACAUCCCAGACUUCAGAAAUUCUCUGGAGUUUCUGACCCUUUUCGCCAAAAAGCGUGGUUAUUUGCAGAAGGGCGGCGUUCCCAACACAGAGCAGGCGGCCACCAUGUUUCUUGCAGAUUGGACAGGAGCCAAACUGAGCUACCACUGUAAGGCACCAGAAAACCACAGCCUUCCUGCCUACCUGUCUGAUGCUGUGGUCACUGAGAUGCAGAAUGGCUGGAAUCUAAACAAAAUAAAAACGGGAAACAAGGAAACUCUGAAAGCUGUUAGAUUUCCAAACCAGGCCAGCAGUAUAGGAUUCACCUCUAAAGGGCCGACUUCAGGUUUGCUGAGUGUCGCCGACAUCCCUGAAGGAAAGCCUGGAGCUGCAGCCACAGAAGAAGCAGAGCAGAACGAAGAAAGCAGCGAGACUGAAACCACGGAGGACUCGAAUAAAAAGGAGAAAGCUGAGAAACUACAGAAAAAGACAAUCAAAAAAAAAAAAGGAAACGUGCGUUUUCAGUCUGUCCCCAUUGACAUCAGCCUCUCAACAGCUAUCACAGACGACGCCUAUGACUUCAACACUGAUUUUAAAUGAUUGAGCGGGUGCCUGCAGCCUGGUGGACAUUCAGACUUUGGAUUCAUCAGAAUGCAUGAAAAUGAUGAUUAUACAGUCACUUGGGUGCCUUCACUUGUCCUGCUAGUGGACUGAUUUCAGAGUACAGCUGGGUUGAACCCAGCUUACUGUGGGAUUAAUCUGAAAGUUUUCAACUGAUAAAUCAGUCGGUUUGUCUUUCUCGGAAUAACCACCAACCAAGAGAUGGACUUUAUUGCAUAGCAUGCAUCUGUAUAUAUCUGAUUCUUUACAAGAUCUUUGUAAUAUCUUGUAUUGCAGUGUAAAUAGACAUCGUACUACCAAGGUAAUAAACCUGAAAAGAAACAAUCUGU